AGGGCUUCGGACGGGGCGUGGCUCCGCCGGGCGGGGGCUCCAUGGGGCUAGGGCUCGGCCUCCGCCCGGUAGCUCCCUUCAAACUCCAGCCGAAGAAGGCGGCUCCGGAGGGCCGGGCGGGCUCCACCCCUGGGCCGUCCGCGCGCCCGCGCCUCCCAAUUCCCGGAGCGGGGCUGGGGAUCCAGGCGGCGGCUGCCGCUCCCAGCUUGGCAUCUGGGCGCCGGGCCAGGGCGGACGGGGAGCGGCGGCGCGGGGCGGCGGAUCGCGCGGAGGGCGGCGGCCUGGGCCCGCCGAGCCAUGGCGGCCCCGGAGCCGGCGCCGAGGCGGGGCCGGGAGCGGGAGCGGGAGGACGAGAGCGAGGACGAGAGCGACAUCCUGGAGGAGAGCCCGUGCGGCCGUUGGCAGAAGCGGCGGGAGCAGGUGAACCAGGGGAACAUGCCAGGGGUCCAGAGCACCUUCCUGGCCAUGGACACGGAGGAGGGGGUGGAGGUGGUGUGGAAUGAGUUGCACUUCGCCGACAGGAAGGCCUUUGCGGCCCACGAGGAGAAGAUCCAGACCAUGUUUGAGCAGCUGGCCCUGGUGGACCACCCUAACAUUGUCAAGCUGCAUAAGUACUGGCUGGAUGCCUCCGAGGCCCGUGCGCGGGUGAGCCACCGGCAAACCGGGGGCGGGGUGAGGCCAGCAGCGGGCGGGGCAGCCGUUGGCGGAGCCGCGAGCCCUCCCACCCUGCAGGUCAUCUUCAUCACAGAGUACGUGUCGUCGGGCAGCCUCAAACAGUUCCUCAAAAAGACCAAGAAGAACCACAAAGCCAUGAACGCCCGGGCCUGGAAGCGCUGGUGCACGCAGAUCCUGUCCGCGCUCAGCUUUCUGCACGCCUGCAGCCCCCCCAUCAUCCACGGGAACCUGACCAGUGACACCAUCUUCAUACAGCACAACGGCCUCAUCAAGAUCGGCUCUGUGUGGCACCGCAUCUUCUCCAAUGCGCUUCCGGACGACCUCCGAAGCCCCAUCCGCGCCGAGCGGGACGAACUGCGGAACCUGCACUUCUUCCCGCCAGAGUACGGCGAGGUUGCCGAUGGCACUGCUGUGGACAUCUUUUCCUUUGGGAUGUGUGCACUGGAGAUGGCUGUGCUGGAGAUCCAGGCCAACGGGGACACCCGGGUCACAGAGGAGGCCAUUGCUCGGGCCAGGCACUCACUGAGUGACCCCAACAUGCGGGAGUUCAUCCUCUCCUGCCUGGCCCGGGACCCCGCCCGCCGGCCCUCUGCCCACAACCUUCUGUUCCACCGUGUGCUCUUCGAGGUGCACUCGCUGAAACUCCUGGCAGCUCACUGCUUCAUCCAGCACCAGUACCUCAUGCCUGAGAAUGUGGUGGAGGAAAAGACCAAGGCGAUGGACUUGCAGGCGGUCCUGGCGGAGAUCCCCCGGCACCCCCGGCCCCCGCUGCAGUGGCGGUACUCGGAGAUCUCCUGCUUGGAGCUGGACAAAUUCCUGGAGGAUGUCAGGAAUGGGAUCUACCCACUGAUGAACUUUGCUGCUGCUCGGCCCCUGGGGCUGCCCCGUGUGCUGGCCCCACCCCCUGAGGAGGCCCAGAAGGCUAAGACCCCAACGCCAGAACCCUUUGACUCAGAGACCAGAAAGGUGAUCCAGAUGCAGUGUAACCUGGAGAGAAGCGAGGACAAGGCGCGCUGGCAUCUCACUCUGCUUCUGGUGCUGGAGGACCGGCUACACCGACAGCUCACUUAUGAUCUGCUCCCAACCGACAGCGCCCAGGACCUGGCCGCCGAGCUCGUGCACUACGGCUUUGUCCACGAGGACGACCGGACGAAGCUGGCCACCUUCCUGGAGAGCACCUUCCUCAAGUACCGUGGAGCUCAGCUCUGACCACAUCCCAGCCCCUGGGACCAGCCUGCCGGCCCAUGGAGGGAAGCUCAGCAUUGGCCAGGGGUGGGGGGGACCAGGGGCUGCUUUCUGCCUGCAUGCCUGGGGGCUGAUGACCCACCACCUGCUAGUGAGGAACCUCUGCCUCCCACAGCUCUGGAGGAGCCCUGGGGUGGGGGUAGGGGGAGUGGUUAUGCCCCACAUGUCCUUAGGAUCUGAAUUCCCCCACUCAGCCUGCUUCCACAACUCAGCAUCCCUUUCCAUAUCCUCCAUUUCCUGGGCAAGAAUGCCCCCUCCCUACCCAUCAAGCUGUCUGGUCAGUGACUGAGCCCUCGCUAUGCGGGAGGCUGCCCUGCAGGGAGCCACCGUGCUGGGCACGGUGGUCAGUCCAGGACAGACAUCUGCCUGGGGAAAUGCUCCAUUCCCGGUUGGUACCACAGACCCACACAAGAACCCCCACCUCAUGCCAGUGGUGAGGCAUCUGCAGGUGUCAGGCACGGCACUGGGCACUGGGCAGGCCCCUGACCUGGCGGAAGCAGCAGGCGGCAGAGACACACCAAGAAGCUCAAGAUCCCAACUCCAUGUGGCUCUUGCACCCCACCCUCCAUCCAGCGCAGACCCUCCCUGGAGCCCCUCUCUGCUUCUCCAAGACUGGGACCUGCUGUCCCCUCUGCACACAUCCUUCUGGCCCCCACCGCCCCCUCCAAAGAGCUGCGUUCUCUCCUGCAUUCCCCGGGCUGGAGAGGUCGGGUCAGGUGUCCACCCUGCUCCUCACUGUGCCUCCUCUCAGACUCACCCCCUCCUGUGUGUCCCCCUCCCGCCCUUGUCACCUCCCCCUAUGGCAGCCACCUCCCGGGGUCCUGAGGAUCUCAGCUCCCAUCACCCCACCCCGUCCUCAAUUCUCUUGGAUCACCUCCCCUCCAUUUUCAAAUUUAAACACCCUUGAACACUUUAAAUUGCAUGUAUAAAUUUAGUGCCUUCAGGUUUCUUUUUAAGCAUUUCAAAUGUCAAACCAGGAAAGCUCACCACUGUGUUAGUUCUCUGUUGCUGCUAUAAGAAUUUACCACAAACUUAGCGGCCUAAAGCAACACAAACUUCGUAUAGUUCUGUAGGUCAGAAGUCUGGUACAGGUCGUACCAGGAUCAAAUCAAGGUGUCAGCAGGGCUGCAUUCCUUUCUGGAGGUUUUAGGGGAGAGCCCGUGGCCUGCUCCUUCAGGUUGUUGGCCGGCAGGUGUGAGGCAGGGUGCUGGGUGCUGGGCAGGAAGUCGUUUCCUUGCAGUGGUAGGGCUGAGGUCCCCACUUUCUCUCCUGCUGUAAACUGAAGGCCGUUCUCAACUUCUAGAGGCUGCUGCACCCUUGGCUCAUGGCCCCAUCGUCCAUCUUCAAAGCCAGCAACAUUGGGUUGUCUUUCUUAUGAACCACCUGUCUGGCUUUCUGCAGCCAGGAAAGCUUCAUGUGAUUAGGUUGGGGCCACCAGGAUAAUCUCCCCAUCUCAAGGUCCUUAAUCAUAUCUGCAGAAUACGUUUUGCCACAUAGAGUAACAUUCACAGGAUCCAGGGGUUAGGGCAUGGACAUCUUUGCGGGGAGAGGGGGGUCAUAAUUCCACCUACCACACCACUCUAACCAAAAACGAAAACAAAACAAACUUACCAACACAUAUCUAAUAAAUUAAAUGUACAAAUAUAGUGAAUCUCCAGUUAUCUUAAACAUUCCAAUACUCUUUACAAAAGUAUUCAAAUUCCUACACGUUCCAACUUAAAAUUACAAAUCUAAAAUAACUCACACGUCUAGUUGGAAAUCGUGAUGCUAAGAUGUCUUAUUCUGCACCGUCCUAAACAGUUUGAGUGUCAAAUGCAUAACAGAUUGUACCAAUGAUUAAACUGAACUCAAAAUUAUGCAUA